GUGCUUUAUCACAACAAUGGAAGAAGACAAUACUUUGUUUGACUGUAACAUACGUGAAUCGCUACUAAGAGGGUCAGAGGAGGCUAAGCAGCCUGUGGCAGUCAAGGUCCAACACAAAAACUUGCAUAAAGCAUUUCAUUGUGAUAGGACCUUCAACUUCUUUGAAUUCUGUUGUUUUCUUGCAUUACUUUUCUCGUUCGCAUUACAAGGACUGAUCUCGUAUAAUUUAUACCUAUUUGAGUUGGAACCACAAUAUCUUUGAAGGUUCAGCUUGAAGGAUCAUUCUGCGGGGCAGGAAGCCCCUCCCUUUGUACCUUGUAGUAGCAAUGAGCUUGAUAAAGCACUUGAAUGGAAGCUAGACUUCUCCAGAGAUGAUCUGAACCUUGAUAACUGGUUCACAAGGCUAAACUUCCAAACAGUUGAAAGUUGGAAAAUCGGAAUGAUUGGGGCUCUAUACUUCAUAGGAUACAUAGCCGGGUCAACAUAUUUCCCAAGACUAGCUGAUAUCUACGGGAGGAAACUCUUCGUCGUCCUAGGAGGAUUCAUGCAGUCAUUCUCAACUAUAGCAUUGAUAUACUCCAACAGCUUCGUCCUGAUAUAUAUAAACAUGGUGAUUGUUGGUAUUGCUUCACCCUUCUUAGCCUCUAUCGGGUAUAACUACAUUCUUGAGCUGAUACCAGAGUCAUUCGAGAACCCUGUGAACACCCUGAUUAUGAUCAUAGAUGCAUUUGGAAGUCUUAUAGGGAUCUUCUAUUUCUCAUACUUUUCCAAAAACAUUGACACAUUCUUGCUAAUUGUUGGACUAAUGGGCAUUGUAUCAUCCUUAUUACACUGCCUCACACCCGAGAGCCCUGUUUUCCUUGAUAAGAACAAUGAGCAGAAUGAUAUGGAAAGGGGCAGAACACUCUCCAAUGUUGAAGAGAGGGAAAUGACAUCGAUUUUCGACUUUAUUACCAAGAGCAACCUUCGGACCAACAUUCUUGUGAUGAUUUGCGUCUGGUCAACUACUUCUGCAGGAUAUUAUCUCAUAAAUUUCAAUAUGAAAUAUGUCGGAGGGUCUAUCAUGAGCAACAUUGUGGCAUCCUGUUCUUCUGAAAUAUUUGCUGACCUGGUAGCCUUCCUGAUCUUCGAAUACUACGGAUCAAAGGUAUCCUUAAUCUUAUUCUUCUCUGUAUCAGGAGCUGCAGGUGUUUUCGGGUGAUUUGAGUUCUCCUCCCCAACAAUAAUCAUUGGAAUAAUUCUGACAGCAAGGUUCGGAGUUGCUGCUUCAUUCUGCGUCAUAUACAUAACAACAGUCAGGAUCUUCCCGUCCGUUUAUUCGGCAACUGCUUUCGGAAUCUGUAAUAUCUUUGCCAAAGUAGUUACUGCUCUGAUCCCAAUGCUGGUCGAGUUCCCUGAACCCUACCCAAUGUUGUUCCUAGCAGUCACUUGUCUCUCAGUCUGAUUCACUGUGAUGUUCCUCGAUGAGACCAAACAGCACGAUAAAGGCGAAAAUUCCCCAGAGAAAUCUUAAUAAAUCCACAACUUGGGAGCUAACUUCAUGGAUAAAGAUUGGAUGGUUAUUUAG